GCAUCAAAAUGUUCAGGUUCUGUUUAGUGAGUUUGUGCAUAUCUUGAUUGGUGAGUACACUGGAGAGCGUGAAGGAGAAGAGUCUGGCGUGUGGGGAGAAGUUCUCGAGUAUGAAAAGCUGUGCCAUCAACAAGCACUGAACAUUGACCGGGUCUACCGCAAGAUGCCCACUCACCAUCCAGCAUGUGUGCACACCAAACAGGUGUUACAACAGCUUUUGGGGGAGCGGAACAUGUGGCGGCUACUGCGGUCUCUGUAUGUGGACCGGCAAUGUCGUUCAGACACACCAGACAAUGGGGAUGAAGAUAUGGCUGUCUCAUGGCUCAAGUCUGAUCAGACUGUCAUCAAUGAGAUCUACAAUGACUCCAGGGAGAUAAGAGAGGCCCAAAUUGUUAUUGAUUGGCUGGAGAAGAAUGCCUCGGAUGCAAUGAUGCAGCUGCCAGAGAAAGUAGAGCAUUACACUGACAGUCACAUUGCCUGGGAGAACACUCUUCGUGAGCUUAAGAAUUGCGCCAGGGGAGCCAUGGGUAGCAGACACUCCAGUCACCUGGUGACCGCUAUGGACCCUGACGCUCCUGUCCGACAGAAGAAGGCCAUCCACGAUCUAGAUCAGGACGACGAGCGCGUGCUGACGCGCAGCGUGAUGCUGGCCAUCAGGUCGGGGGAGCUGUUCCAAGCUCAGGACAAAUGCGUGGCCUCAGGCAAGCAGUGGCUCGCUGCAGCCCUCGAGGGCUGGAAGCUUCACCACGACCCUAAUGUGCAUGACCCCUCCAGGCGGCAACCCAUCAUGGGAAACCCAUAUAGAGAUGUGUGGAAGCUGACUGCGUGGCGAGCGUCCGAAGACUGCCGCCUGUCGCACCACCAGCGGGCGCUGUAUGGGUCACUGUGUGGCAACCUACGUGCCAUGAAACUUGUGUGUCAGGACUGGGAGGACCUCCUGUGGGCGCAUGUCAGGGCCAUGGUCGACCAGAGGGUCGAAGAAAGACUGCGCUUCUUGCAUGCACAAUCGCGACAAAGGACGCUUGUGCCUUUGCCCAAAAAUUACCCAGAGGAAAGGAUAAGUCUGGACAUCGUGUUCACCAGCGUGGAGAAGUCAUGCACCGUAAGUGAACUGAAGAACCCUUACUACCUCAUGUGCAAGUUCCUUGUCCUCGAUGACGUAGACGGUCUCCUGGGGGCAUCAAAGCUCUGGAUCAGAGACGGGACGGCCCCUCAUCUGCUGCGGUGCCUCACGCACCUCCUGCUUGUGCUCAGAAGGAUUUACAAAAUUGUCACGCCUGAACAGGAGAAUACGGCCAGUGCUGUGCUCCAGGCCUGUGUCAAGGCGUCCAUAGAGCGCGGCGACGUAGAACAGGUGGCGUGGUACACGGCGAUGCUGCCCGAGGCGCAGCAGGUUGCCUGCUACGCGGGCUUCCUGUUGAACAUCAGCGACCCACCACAGCGCCGACACGCGCUGCAUCUUGCGCAAACCGUCGGCCUCGACGUUCAUGCCAUCGCCACCACCACCACCGCCAUCAUCAGACUGAGUCCGUCAGGAGGCCUGAGCGAGGGCGAGAGUUUGGUCGGCGAGACAGCACAGACAGACCGCAUCAAGAUUGCUGGCUUGGAUUGGCUUCUCUUCGACGAUGCACUUAGGAAAGAAGCUCUCAUUCAGGCUCUUGCUCUUGUCCGCACUUUCCUCAUUGCUCGCAAGAUCUCUGCUGCCAACAUCACUAUGGAUAAGUUACCAAGUGACACUCUGGCGAUGGUGGGGUGCGAGGAUGAGACAGAGGACCAGCCUCCUGAAGUAGAAGCGGCUGUUAGAGAAUACCUCUGCAUCAAAACCUUCCUUUCUGCCCAGGAGUGCUUCAGCGACUGGUUUGACCACUUCCACCAGCAGAAACCGGCAGCGCCCGGUGCUUUGUCAUCGUCCGCUUCAUUUCAGGAGCAGAUCGCGCACGAGCACGCGACCCUGCAGCACCAGACCGCCAUGGACAAAUGGCAGGCCGCUCUCGACAGACUCACCAAGGUCGCGUGCGAGCGUUUGUACAACGUACUUCUGUUCCCGGACGGUGGCUGGCUCGUAGAUCUUGCCCCACUACCACACAACGACUCCCAGCGUGGAGACUCGAGCAGCAAUCGGCUGCAGCACCUGCCUCCUGAGAUCGCCGCUCGAGAGCCCGAUCGGUCCCGUCAGCUGGCGACGCUGCGCUCCAUAUACAUCCCCCAGGUUUGCUCGCUGCUGCAGAACAUUUUAUCAAGUACCGGCGACCACAAGCAGUGUAUACAACUGGCAGACAUUGUGUCGUCGGAGCAGCACCAACUCUACACUGCGUUUGGCACCGCCGAAAUGCAGCGAUUUUUGCUCAAGUUACUUGAGUCCUCAAGAUAUUUACUGGACCACGAUAAAGACGCUUUAGGAUACCCUCUUCACUAGUGGAACUUCCGAACCCCUUCAGUGAGAUAACUUCAUACUUUCACAUUCAUUGAAAGCGCGGUCUGCGAUUGAUGCUAUAGCCUCCAUUUGACUGGGCUUGCAGCUUGGGAUGUAACUACCGAUCGCUUGUUAAGGAAUUGAGAAGUGCAAGAUUUACAGGAAACGGUUUGCGAUUAACAUCUCGUAUAUUUGUUCUGCUUGUAAAUAGUAAUAUCAAUGAUGUUUUAAUUAAUAAACAAGUUUUACUCUUU